UUAAUGAAUGCAGUGCACGCCUUGAUAAUGAAAAUAUGGCUUCUGUCCACAGGAAACAAACUGCGUGAGCGUUCAGCGGCUCUCUGAAGAUCAAAUAUAAUCAUCAUCAGUGCUCACACAAGUGGCUGUGGUCUAGUCAUGGAGUGGCGGAUGCGCUUUGGGUCACGUCCCGCCUCUGCGUCACAUUCCCCGCCAGCAGAGACUCCCGCACGAGCUCAGAUAUUAUCCACAGAGUCUGGUCAGGUGAAGGCAAGAUAAUAGCAGCAUUCAUUCCAGUCAUGUGAAAAAUCAGCAUCAAGGUGAAGGUGUCAGACUCACCUGCUCUCCACGACGACCCCGCCGCUGCUGCUGCUCCCGCUGCCCAUGCUGUCUGCUGCUCACCUGACGGCCGCUCACUCACUGACCGCUCUCAGCUCACCUGCUGCGUGUCCUUGUGCUCCUCGCCCACCUCCAGAGGAUGGCAGGAUAUGAGACAGCACCGUGUCUCCAUCAGAGACGUGAGUCAUGCAGUCGAGGACAUGUUGGAUAAUGGCUUAUCUCUCUCUCUCUCUCUCUCUCUGGAGGUCAUUGUGUAAAGCGAGGCUCUUAAUGAGCUGUAGGUCACAUGACUCCCUCUGCUGGCUCUCACUGAGCAUGCUCAGUUCACUGUGUUGUCAGGCAAAAAUAAGAGAGCACUAGAAGCAGAUCUGCAAUAGAUAAACACACGGCGGAGCAAGAGAUGGAGCAUUAAAAUGGAGGAUUGCUGCUAGCGCACAGUGACGCUGUCAUAUCAGAUGGUUUGUGCGCGCUGUCUUUAUUUAUUCAUCUGCAUCACGGUGGUGUCGUAUUGGAGGAGAAGGAGCCGUCGGGCUGGUGGCGCUCGCUCCAUCCUCUGAAGAAAGCGAACAGCUCAUCUUUCUGUCUCCCGUCGUCCCAGAGUGCCUGUUGUUUUGCUGAAAUGGAUCAGAAAAGCUUCGUCCUGUCGGAAACACGUCUGUGAACACCGGAGCCAAUGGAUAUUAAAGGCCAGUGCUGGACGGAUGAAGAAUCGGAUGGAGAGAAUGAAUCGGAGCAGUUCCUGUACGGUAUUCAGGGGAGCUGUGCAGCUGACCUGUACCGUCACCCGCAGCUGGACGCGGAUAUCGAGGCUGUAAAAGACAUCUACACGGACAGCGCUGUGUCCGUCAGAGAGUAUGGCACGAUCGAUGAUGUGGACAUCGACCUGCAAAUCAACAUCAGCUUCUUGGAUGAGGAGGUGGCGACCGCGUGGAAGGUGAUCCGUACGGAGCCCAUUGUCUUACGCCUUCGUUUCUCUCUUUCACAGUACCUGGAUGGACCAGAACCAUCGGUGGAGGUGUUUCAGCCAUCUAAUAAAGAAGGAUUCAGUUUGGGACUUCAACUAAAGAAGAUCCUCAGCACGUUCACGUCCCAACAGUGGAAGCACCUCAGUAAUGAGUUCCUCAAAGCCCAGCAGGAGAAACGACACAGCUGGUUCAAAGCUGGAGGAACCAUCAAGAAAUUCCGUGCCGGAUUGAGUAUCUUCUCCCCGAUCCCCAAGUCUCCCAGUUUCCCCCUGAUCCAGGACACAGUGUUGAAAGGCAAACUGAGCGUGCCGGAGCUCAGAGUCACCCGGCUCAUGAACCGCUCCAUCUCCUGUACCAUGAAGAACCCCAAGGGCGAGCUGUUCAGCUACCCUCCGAACAGCCAGACUGUGGCUGUCCCGGCGGGCAGGGCCCCUGCGCAGAUUACCACCCGCCAGCUGAUUGAGUUGUUUUUCUCAUCCCAGGCGGGCGGACACUGCAAGAACAUCCCCACGCUGGAGUACGGCUUCCUCGUGCAGAUAAUGAAAUACUCUGAGCAGCGGAUCCCCACUCUGAACGAGUACUGUGUGGUUUGUGACGAGCAGCACGUCUUUCAGAACGGAUCCAUGCUGAAGCCCGCGGUGUGCACGAGAGAGCUGUGCGUGUUUUCCUUCUACACUCUGGGUGUGAUGUCAGGAGCGGCUGAAGAAGUUGCCACAGGCGCUGAGGUGGUGGACCUGCUGGUGGCCAUGUGUCGAGCCGCUCUGGAGUCGCCCCGCAAAAGCAUCAUCUUUGAGCCCUACCCAUCCGUGGUCGACCCCAAUGACCCCAAAACACUCGCAUUCAACCCGAAGAAGAAGAAUUAUGAGCGUCUGCAGAAAGCUUUAGACAGUGUGAUGUCUAUUCGAGAAAUGACGCAGGGCUCGUAUCUGGAAAUUAAGAAGCAGAUGGAUAAACUGGAUCCUCUGGCUCAUCCGUUACUGCAGUGGAUCAUAUCCAGUAACAGGUCUCAUAUUGUGAAGCUGCCACUCAGUAGGCAGCUGAAGUUCAUGCACACGUCGCAUCAGUUCCUGCUGUUGAGCAGUCCGCCAGCGAAAGAAGCUCGAUUUCGCACCGCUAAGAAACUCUACGGGAGCACCUUCGCCUUUCAUGGUUCCCAUAUUGAGAACUGGCACUCGGUUCUGAGAAAUGGACUGGUCAAUGCCUCUUAUACUAAACUGCAGCUGCAUGGAGCAGCAUAUGGGAAGGGCAUCUAUCUGAGCCCCAUAUCCAGUAUUUCCUUUGGAUACUCAGGAAUGGGGAAGGGACAGCAUCGCAUGCCCACUAAAGAUGAACUCGUCCAGCGUUAUAAUCGAAUGAACACAAUGCCACAGCAGAGUCGGCCGAUACAGUCGCGUUUCCUCCAGAGCAGGAAUUUGAACUGCAUCGCUCUCUGUGAAGUGAUCACAUCAAAAGACCUGCAGAAACAUGGAAACAUCUGGGUGUGUCCGGUGUCUGACCACGUCUGCACACGCUUCUUCUUUGUGUAUGAGGACGGUCAGGUGGGAGACGCUAAUAUUAACACACAGGAGCCCAAGAUCCAGAAGGAAAUCAUGCGCGUCAUCGGCACCCAGAUCUACUCCAGCUGAACGGAUCGGUUUCCUGCAGAGACGGUCGAGACGGACACAUUUCCGGGCGGAAACAGAGAAGUGCCCGGCAUCUCUCUCUCCUGCCCGCUGUCGUUCCUCGACUCUAUUCCAUCUAUACUUUCUUUUUAGUAUGGGAUGCGGGUCUCCUCCGGUGUGGAUUUCCCGUGUGGGGCGGAUGAGCGACCCUCCGUUUAGAUGAGAUGAAGGAAAACUCCACACACGCUUUUAUCGAGUGCAAUAAGCCCCGCCCACGACCCUUUCUGACCUCUGAGUUGAGCUGCCGUCAGUCAAAAGCAGAUAAGCGCCUGAUUGGAGGAGACGUCGGCCAACGAAACUGUUCUGAUUUUCUCUCGCUCGAACUCUUUUUCAUAUCAGUUCCAAUCUGUUUGACGGAUCACUAAAUAUCCAUAAACAUGAAAAACAAAAAAAGUCAUUUAAAAAUGUUUUUCCAUCUCUGGAUAGUAAAUGAUGAAUCUUUGUGCAUUCUUAUUGUGUUUGUAAGACGUUAUCCGCUGCUUUUUCUGACUGAUGACACGUAUUAAUAUCCCAGAUGUAUUUAUCUCUGAGUUUCCUGCUGAAAUCAAUUUCCUGUCUUUUGUUCCUCAGCUCGCUGAGCUCCGCUUACACGCGUACAAGCGCUCGGCGUGAUUUAUCGCGGAACAGAACAUGGAUGAGAGGACAGGGACACGUCGUUACUCAUCUUUAUGCUUUUAUCUUCUGGAUGGCGCCGUCUGCGGCUUCUGAACCGGCGGGAAAGCGCGAGGUUUAGGGCCCUUCAGUGAUGUCAUCUGUCCUGUGGAACAAACUAAAGCAGACGCGUCAGAGGCUUUUAGUUCUGCUGUCAAUUCUCAGACAUUCCUGAGUGCUUGUGGGUCAUUUCCACAAAGCUUACCUGCAGUCAAACGUUUGGACAUUCUUCAUUCCGACACUUUUCCACGUGUUAUAAUAGUAAACUGAUGCAAACUGGGAAUGAUGUAGGGAUCAAAACAUGUGACACAAAUUAAAACAGAGUUGAGAUAAUCUCUUUUUCCCUAUUGUGACAUAUAUUCAUGUGUAAUGAUAUGCACGGAUAAAUAAUUUAUAAUAAAUACUGCAAAAUUCCAUAAAAAUAAGAAUUGUCGGUAACACUUUACAAUAAGCCUCCAUUAACUAGCAUUGCAUUUGUUACAGUAUUUAUUCACGUUAGAUAAUAAAAGUACAUGUUUUCAUUGCUAGCUCAUGUUCUAAAUAAUAAAUAUUUUCUAAAAUAACUAAUAUAGUUAACUAAUGUUGACAAAUGAACACUCCGGGUUAAAAACAACCCAAAAUGGGUUGAAAAUGGACAAAUCCAGUGACUGGGUUGUUUUAACUCAGCGGAACUGAGUUGUUUUAACCCAACGCUUGGGCUACUUUAACCCAGCGAUUGGUUGCUUUAACCCAACAAUUGGGUUGUUUUAAUCCAUUGGUUGGGUUGUUUUUAACCCAGUGAUUGGUUGUUUUAACCCAACGAUUGGGUUGUUUUAACCCAGCGAUUGGUUGCUUUAACCCAACAAUUGGGUUGUUUUAACCCACCGGUUGGGUUGUUUUAACCCAGCGAUUGGGUUGUUUUAACCCAACGGUUGGGUUGUUUUAACCCAGCGAUUGGGUUGUUUUAACCCAACGGUUGGGUUGUUUUAACCCAGCGAUUGGGUUGUUUUAACCCAGUGAUUGCGUUGUUUUAACCCAUCGGUUGGGUUGUUUUAACCCAUUUGUUGAGUUGUUUUAACCCAACGAUUGGGUUGUUUUAACCCGGCGAUUGGUUAUUUUAACCCAGCAGGAUUGAGUUGUUUUAACCCAUUGGUUGUUUUAACCUAUUGGUUGGGUUGUUUUUAACCCAACGAUUGGGUUAUUUUUAACCCAACGAUUGGGUUAUUUUUAACCCGGCGAUUGGUUGUUUUAACCCAUCGGUUGGGUUGUUUUAACCUGGCGAUUAGUUAUUUUAACCCAGCAGGAUUGAGUUGUUUUAACCCAAUGGUUGGGUUGUUUUGACCCAGUGAUUGGUUGUUUUAACCCAGCGGUUGGGUUAAAUGUUUGACCCCACAGGCUGGGUAGUUUUAUUUAACCCAACUAUUGUUUAAAAAUGACUAUAUGUCUGGCUUAAAAUGAACCCAAAAUAUGUUGGAAAUUAAAAAUCAGACACAUAAUUACUAGAGGAAACAAUAAUAAUCAAAAGGUGAACAUUUAUUAAUAAGCAAUUUAAUAAAUGUUUAUUGUUUAGUUAUUAUUCAUUAAACUUAUUAAUAAAUGUUAACUUCCAACCUAUUUUGGGUUCAUUUUAAGCCAGCGAUAUAGUAAUUUUUAAACAACAGUUGGGUUGAUUAAAACUACCCAUCAGGUUGGUCAAACAUUUAACUCAACCGCUGGGUUUGUCCAUUUUCAACCCAACUUGGGUUGUUUUUAACCCAGCAUUUUUUAGAGUGAACCUUUUUGUAAAGUGUUACCAAAAAAAAUGUAAAGAAAUUCAUAUAUAUUCUCAGUUUAUAUUUGUCUGCAAAACGACUGUCAGUCAUUUAAGCAGAUGCUUUUCGAUCAGAAGGUCUUUAGGAGAACUGCAAACAUAAAUUCAGUCUUUAACGUCCAAACGCUUGACUGCCGGCGUAUCUCGUGUGUUUUUACUGUAUUCUGUUGCUCUGGAACGGUUGUAAGAUUGUAUUUUGUGGCGUUUAUGACACGGCCUGCGUCUGAUUCUCUCUAAUGCACCUUUUCUGCUCGACUCUGUCAGACGUGCAGGUGUGAUGCGGUCAGGUGUAGAUCUUCACUGUAAAUAAUCUAUAUGUGAGUGGUGUGAUUGGACAGGAGGAAUGUUUUCAGGAUGCUCUCUGGAUCUUGUUUCUGUUGUCAGACCUGUCGGAUCUCCUGGUCUUCGGUCAUGCUGUAUGAACUGCGAUUGUACAGGUGGAAUUAAUGCUGAACAAUAAAUAAAAGGAGGUUUUGCACAA